GAGAGAGAGAGAGAGGAGGUAAAAAAAAUUAAUUCGAGAUCGAGAGGGUUAAUCCGACUGAAUGCGAAAUUGAAUGGCGAAGACGAAUCAUAUUUGACAAAUCUCGAAACGCAACUUUGUUCUCGGCGCAUCGGCUACAGCGACGAUGACGAUAGGUUAAUUAGUAUACACAAUGCAGUGAUCUCACAACGUGAUAUUUCCGUACACGCUUCGCAUGACGCGAAUCACUGUCUUUAUCUCCUUUCUUCCAUCGGCACCGACCCAGCCGCUUCCUCUUUCACGUUCGCACGAGAGACAGAAGUCGAGAAGAACUCGUAGCGAAUGUUCGAGAGCGUAAAGAGUAAAUUAAAUCGUGAUUAAAGUUAAUCUACAUUGAUAGAGGUAGUCAAGCUAGAGAGGAGAGAAAAAAGUAAAAGCGAAAAUAAAGAGACAAAUGGUUGGGGAGAGGGGGGGACUAAAAAUUGCGGACCGUAAAAAUAUGCAUACAUACACAAACGCACACAGACGCGAAUGCACGCACGCACGCACGCACGCGCGUGCACACGGAAGAUCACUACGCCGAUUCGCAGAUGAAACUGCGUACACUGAUAAAAAUCGAUGCGAUUUUACAAAGGUAAUUUACUUAUUUUUUAAUAAAUUUAUUGACUUUUUGUAGUUUUUUACUUAAAAUGUGUAUAUCUCUCUAACUUCAAUGAAAAAUACUAAAAUAUUAUGAAACAUUAAUUAAAUUUAGUAUAAUUACAGAUUUUUUAAUAAAUUUACUUCUUGUAUUGCUAAGUUUAUUCAUAAUAUUACAUGUACGUGUUUAAAGUUCACUUCUGUAUAGUUAAUUUACAAUCUGACGUGGGAUUUUACUGUCGAUAUUGUGAUAUCACGGUAUUUUAGUAAACCUAUUUUUGCAUGCGGUAUCCAAGUGACGACGUCGUGCGUCGUGAAGUGUUUUAGUGCAGAGCAAGAAAGACGUGUGUAUGAUAUUACUAUGUAUCUAUAUUUCAUUUAAUCUAAUAAAUUUCGAACCAUCCGUUAUUCGCGCCAGAUCUCUUAUAUCGCGUUGUGCCUCGCGUGCAGCAUCGCCAUCUCUCGGGUCCAGCGGCCCUUUCCGCGAUUUUCGUUUUUCAUCAUCGUCUUGUCGCCAAGCGCGAGCGCGCCUUUUUUCUCAUUCCUCGUGUGUCGUCACGGUGCCGGGUGCGUGUUGGUGCGUGUCUCUGGACGAAAAUUUCGUCACGUCUUGUGCGCGAAAUAUUGUAAAAGAUAUAGAAAAGCCCGGGGGAGAAGCAGAGAGAGAAAGAGUGGCUCAACCAUAUCGACGCCCUAUAGUACCUACGAUUCGAAUUUUUUCCUCUACGAGUCGACAAAUUUAGAAGCCAAUUUAAGAAGAAGAAAUAAAAAGUUAUUCCAGAACGUUAUAAUAUGCAUCUUUUUAAAGUAUGGACGAAAGGGGGCGAAGAAAAAGCUUUUGUAACAAUUACAGCAAAUGAAAAUAUAUGCAAAAAUUUAAUAUCGCAAGCAUCUAAAAAACUACAAAUAAAUGGAAAUAGUCUAGUUUUAGACUCCGAUGAAACACCGGUAACAGAAGAUGAAGUGUUGUUGUUAAUUAAGACCGAGACACUCAUUCUUUUAGAAGAAAACGAGAUUUUUACUAAAAUACCGGACUUAGGUAUUAUUGCCAAAACUACUGAAAACUCCAGUAUACUUGAUAUAUCUGAAAUACCAUUCAUUGAAUCGGAUCUAAAUACAAAUAUGAACUAUGAGAGAAAGGAAAAUAUACCAGAUAAUUUAAAUCAACAACAGUCUGCGAUUAUCGAAGUAAUCCACGUCAAGCAAGAAGAAUUAAAUUGUAUUGAUUAUAAAGUACCCUGGAAUAAAGUUCCAACUGAUAUGUUAAAGAUAUGUGAAGAAGGUAUUAAAAAUAAAAACAUUAUUACUGAGAUCUGUCACAUAAUAGUGAAUGAUAUUAGACAAAUAAAUAAAAACGUACUGACUACAACAUUAAAAAAAAUUGCUUUUGAAAUGAUACAAAAAUACCCUGAAACCUUCAUGGAUAAAGAUGAAGAUGGACACAUUUUAGGUGACGGAUCUUGUUCAAUGUUUCAUAAACUUCGAGAACGCUGCUGUUACAUGAAACGAAUAGAAAGCAAACAGAAAUCUACAGAAAAAUCGAAACCAAUUCAAAGUAAACAACGGAAAUUUCAUAUAAUGGCAGGUUGUUCAAAUUAUCAAGAUUUACAUUCAACAAAUGCUAAACAUAUAAGAGCAGAACAUUAUGAUGAAGACUCAUUUGAAAAAAUGAUGAAAGAUGGUUAUAUACAACAACGUAAAUUUUUGGAGAAUUUUCAAGAGCCACCCUCUUUGACUGAUAUACAAAAAGAAUUUCCAAUUCUUUUCAAAUUAGAAAGUAUUAUAUUUCAUUUCAAUAAACUUACAGGUAAAAAAUUAGAAAAAUUACCUAACAUUAUGAAAGAGAAGUCCACAAAAAUAGUGGAAUACGCUAUUCAAAAUAAAUAUUUAAAAUUGGAUAAUAAUGAAGAUUAUUGUAUUCAGUCAUUGAGAUUCUUUGCACUAUAUUUUAAAGAUUUUGAAAAAAUGUAUUACAAAAUUGAGAAUGAAAAUACGAAUUUAAAUGAAAUAUUACAAAUGAAUGCGCCUUGUAUCGUGUCAAUUGGUAAUCAUUUUCAAGUUUUCGUAGAAAAGCAACUCUUUGGAAAAGAAUUCUCAACAUUCAUAGAAGCACGGCAAUGUGCCUUCGGUAUAUAUUAUGUCAUGUGUCUCCAAUAUCCUGCUGAAUUGUCAAAUACUUUGGAAAUGGUGCAGCGAUAUUAUUUGAAAAUCAACCCUGAUCGAGGAUCUAAAGCAUCUAAAAAUAAAAAUAAAACGGCCCUGAAAGUUAUAAAAUUAAUAAUGAAGUUAAAUAAAUAGUUUCCUGACUUACAAUAUUAAGUUUUCAUAUAUUUUAUAUAUUUUGAAUUUUAUUGAAAAGAACGUUUCUCUUUCGAGUAUAGUUUAUUUUUAAUUUUCAAAGGCACUUUUAUUUUUAGAAAGAAACUAUUGCCACGCGCACCUUUUCUGUAUUCUUAUAAUUUUGUAGUAUUAGACUCGGAAUACUUGUUACAUAAUGCAUAUUAUAUUUGUAUAGUAUAACUUUAAAAAAUAUACGUGGUACAUAUAGGCUAUUUACUAGUAAUCACACAUUUUUAUACAAUUAGUAGCUCAGCAAUACGUACACUCAACACUGAGUAAUUAACUAUUAUAUGGUCAAUAUCAAGCAACCUGCAGAGAAAAUUGUCUCUGAAAAAAACAAAAUCUCUUUGCGAUAUAGUAUGUAUUACAUUAUUCAAAUAAAACUUACUCUUGCAAAUGAUA